AUGGGAGGCCUCACAAACGUAAUCAACAUGUGCUCCCACCUCCAAAACGCCUCCCGCGCACGCCUCGGCAUGACCUCGGUCAUGAACACCAAGCAGAACCUCAACCUCGCCCUCGCCCUCCACCGCUCCGGCUUCAUCUCCUCCCUGUACCGCGGCGGCCCCACGCCCCCGGCCCCGGAAGAGAUGGGCAAGAACCCGGAGCCCGUCACCUCCGCCAACGUCGCCACGCGCCGCCUCUGGCUCGGCCUCAAGUACUGGAAUAACGAGCCCGUCCUCAAGGGCCUGAGCAUGAUCACCAAGCCCACGCGACCCAUCCGCGUCCACAUUGAGGACCUCGAGCUCGUCGUCCGCGGCUUCAACAGCAAGAACGGUCUGAUCAAGGGCCUCGGCCUCGGCGAGUGCCUCUUCAUCUCCACCGACAGGGGCGUCUUGGAGGCGAGGGAGGCCCUGGCCAGGAAAGUCGGCGGCAUGGUCUUGUGCCGUGCGAGAUAA